AUGGAGACGCAUUCGCUGGCGGCCAAGCGCAGAGUGUAUGGCGUUGGUCCCAAGCCAGCGCUCAAGUAUGGCAAAACGCCCUUGGCAGCAAUCAACACGGAGCAUGACGACCUCGAGCACCUCCGCAUCACCAUGCAUCGCGUCGGCAAGAAUCUUCCGAUUCAGUUUUUAAAGGCGUCCAAGCACACGGAUUUCGCCAAGCGCAUGGCCACUGAGACCGUCGUGCGCAUCGUAUCAGCCAACUUUGAGCACGCGCGGCGUCGCGCCUUUGGCAUGUGGCAGACGUGUACAGACGCCCACCGCGCGCGCGAGCACGCGUUCAAGCGGCAUCGUCUCGAACAGCUCGCAGGCUUGGCACGCAUGUUGUUUUUGCUGCAGACCAAAGUCGAGCGCCGCUCUCGGUAUAUCCUGACCGCCUGGGCAACCGAAGCUCGAGCGCGGACGCAUGUCAUUCAUACCUUCCACGCGACUCAAAUCCAGUGCGCGUGGCGACAAGCCAUGGCGCGACGGCUCCGCCACCGUCUCUACUGCGCCCACUUGGCUGCCUGCCAGCGACACAGUGCCAUCCACUCGCAGCGAUUGGUGCGCGGCUUUCUGGCGCGGCGCGAGGUUUCUCGGCGCCGAGUCGCCAAGCAAGAAAUCAUGGCAGCCACUCGAAUUCAGCGGGCCUACCACAAUCAAGUGCUCUACCGUGCAUAUCGACGCCAAAAACAGAGUCGCGCGAGUGCGUUGCUCCAGCGCGUCUACCGCGGGCACCAUGGCCGCGUCAUCGCGCUCGCUCGUCGUGCUGCGCUCGCUCAGGAGGCCUCGAAAUAUGUCCACGAGCACGUGCUUCCCGCCGCCUGCGCCAACGCGUAUCGACGAACAGUCAGCGCCCGCCGUAUUCAGCGCUGUGUGCGGCACGCGACUGCACGCACCAACUACGCCCGUGCGUAUCCAAAGCUCUAUGCGCACCGCCGGUACUUUCCCGCGUUUCGCAUCCAGCGCACUUGGCACAGCUUUCGGUCAGCACAGCUAACGGCAGUAGUGCGACGCAUCGUGCAAGGUCUCUGGGCAGUGCAAAAACGUCUCGCGUCCAAGUGUGCCUACCGUGACGCACGGCGCGUCGAACGAACGCAACACCGGGCAGCGAUCGCGAUACAACGCAUGUACCGUGGCCACCGCGCGCGACGCCGCGUACAGCCGCUCAUUGACGUCCGCGUGAAUACGCUCGUCCAGUCGCUGCCACCGGACUUUGUUGUCGCGCCAGCCAUACUGCGCGGUCGAGGCACGCAGGCGAUGGCGCAGCUCGAGCUCCAAGUUCAAAAAUGGCGCGGACAAAAUGCAAUGACGCUCCAGCGAGUCUACCGCGGUCACAUGGGCCGUCGCACGGCCAAGCGCGUGCGCAUCGCGUGGUGCCACCUCCUUUGCGUGCUCAACCGCCCCGUGCAUGCCUUUCUUAUGCGACAGCUCGGUCGUCGCGUCCGGGCCCGCUGGGUUCGAAAACGACACGCAGGUGUUACCAAAGCCUUUUUAGUGUGGAAAGGGAUUGCCCGCGCGCUCCGGCACGUCCACUUGCUUCGGUCGUCGGCGCGGCUUCGGCAACUCGCCACGUGGCAUUUUGAAAAAGUGCUGCGCAAGAAAACGCUUUGUCGGUGGCGAAGUGGUCUUGUGCGGCAGCGCGAGAUGCGCUUCAAGAAGCACGUAGCGCAGUCCUUUGCGUUGCGGUCGCGACAAACCAAGGCGUUCCAGCGCCUGUACGACCAUGUCCUUGCCGACAUCGUCAACGAGAGGGUAUGGGCGAUGCAGCGCAAGGUGAUCUUUGUGUAUGCGUGGCGCCACCACACAGCGCAGAUGCGACACGUCCGGGCCAUGGAGACGCGGUACCAAGCACGGCUUGUGGCUGCCAGUUUGGACCAAUGGCUCACGGUGUACGUCUAUGACCACCUUGUGCAAGGCCUAGCGCGGCGUCAGCGCGAAGCGUCUUCGCUGCGGUCGCACCUGGCCGCCCUGCACGCGUACGUCGUUCGGCAACAUGCUGUUGCUGCGCAAUGGCGCCGACGUGGCCUGCAGCGCGGCCUAUCCCAAUGGGUCACGGCGCGCGCGUGGACGCGACUGAGCAACGACCAAGGCGCGCGGGCCAAUCGAUUUCGCGUGCGCCACAUUGUGCGUCGGUGGCAGCAACUGCGCAGUAUUCAGGAAGCCGCCGCGGCGCUCCGCACCAAGGUCGAUGCAUUUGCGCAAGCGCAUGGACAGAUGCGCGCGCUCGUGAGCUGGAUUGUGCACACAGACGAAGCGCGCGCGUACCACGUGCUGUAUACAAAAGCACAGACUCUCUUCAAGCGUACGCACGUCGCAAAAGCGUUCGCCGAGUGGUUUCAGCUCUGGGCCGAGACUGCAGGUGAACGCCGCAUCUACUUUGCAAGGCUUCUGCAGCGUCUCUGGCGCGGCAAGCUCGGUCGGCGCCGCUUUGCGCAAGCCCGCGCGUUGGAAGACUACAAGGUGGCGCGCCGCAUCGAACUGGGCACGGACAUUCCGCAACUGGCGCCGGACGCGAUGCAGGCACUGGUGACACCGGCCGUGAGCGGGAAAGAGUGGGUGCUACUGCUCGCCUACUUGCCGUGGACCGCGCCGUCUCCGCGCAUGUUCAAAGCGUUUGCAACUGUCGCAACGUCGUACUAUAAGAACAAACGCAUCGCCUUUGGCUGCAUCGACGCCACCCAGCGGGACGCAUCGAAAAGCGUCGCGGCCAAGUACCAGCUCGAGGACGCGAAGCUGCCGCGGUUGCUUGUUUUUGGCAAGGGCGCGGACCUGAGACGCCGACGCAGCGAGAUCCUGCGAACCCUCCACGCGUGGGUUCAAAAUCUUUUAUCUCGCGGCCGCGAGCACACGGCGAUUGACCUCCAAGCCGAUUGGCGCCGGUUCCUCGUGCGGCUUCGGCGCUACUACCGGCGUCAAAUCUGCCGACGCAACGCCAUAGUGCGCAUCGUGGUCUGGUUUGUCCAGCGUCGUCGGGCGCGGAGACGCCGGAACGCGACCAAGCUCCAGCGCUGGUACCGUCGGCGCAAGGAACAAGUCGCUGCUUACGCACGCGUCGUGGCGUCGAUGGCCGCGUACCGCAGGCCGAUCGUAGCCUUUCAGCGCACCCUUCGGCGCCACUACUGCCGGCGUCAGUUUCGUCGGGCCAUGGAUGAGAAAUACGCUACCGUCGAGAAGUACCCCCACGCGCCGCUGUGCUUGACGUGCGAGCGCGCUGUUGGCGUGCUCCAAUGCAUCGACUGCCACGAGCCGUACUGCGAUACGUGCUUUGGCGUUUACCACGGCAGCGGCCAUCGCGCCAGCCAUCGGAGCAAGAUGAUCGACUUUAUAGCAAUGCACGCCAACGACCCCAUGUGCGCCGAGUGCUACGUCGACCGGCCUCAGCGUGUCUGCAAGGGUUGUAAAAAAGGCCUCUGCGGUCACUGCCACAACAAGACGCACACCAUAGCGUCGGGCUUGCAGAAGCACGUGUACACGCGGACGCGCGUGCUCUUGAAGACGUUCGAACGCGCCCAUCCGACGACCACGAAGACGAGGCUCAAACUUCAGAAAAAGCGAGCAAAUUUGCUUCUGACCGAGACGGCCCAUGAGAUCAUGCUCUCUCAACACUGGAUGUCAUUUACCCAAAGAGAGGCGGCGCGUGUCGCGACAGAGGCGGCGGCUAAAAAAGAAGCCGACCGAGCGGCGGCGCUGGCGCAUGCAAUGGCGCAGUUGGAACCGCCCGUGCUCGAUGCGUUUGAGAUCUACGACCCCGACCACGGUGGGUACGUCGGGGCUGGGGAGCUCGCCAUGAUUUUGCGCAACGAGCUCUGCAUUCCACUGACCAAGAAACAGCUCGCCAUUGGCAUGCGUGCCAUUGACCGAGAUGGCAACGAGUGGCGCGAGAUCUGUGCUUGGCUGGCUGAAAUCGUCGUCGACCACAAACUCGAUGGUCGGCUCGAUGCGCUUCGCCGCAAGAAGCUUCACGCGCAAAAGAACUAUCGCAAGCUGCAACACAACAUCCGUAAAUGGAAGCGCGGGGUGUUCCCGGCGCGCAAGAAGCGCGUGCGCAUGGUGCCGGGCUUCCCCGACGUGCCCCAAUUGCACCCCGUCGACGACUUUCAAGGCAAAAAAACGGUAUUUUACCGCUUCAUCAGCUCGGAAUUUGGCAUGAAAUGGAUCUUCGAAGAUGUCCACGAGAUCGACUUGGCCAACCAAAUGGCGGUGUUUGCAUCGACUUUUGUGCCACGCUGGAACAGCGGACAACUCGGGUUCGAGUACUUUUACGACGGCGUGACGUUCGAGUACGACAAUGCGAUUUGGAAACAAGUGUGGCGAGAGGCGGCACACAAAUACACGUUUAUCAACGUUGCCGAUGGCAGCGAGCACUUUGCCGACCCGCGCAAGGUCGAGAGGCUCUUUACACAAGCCCGCGAAGCCUUCGGAGAGGUCGAUACGGAUGGAUCGGGUCAAAUCGACGUCCUCGAGCUCUACCAUUUACUCAAUCACAACCUCUGUGAGCCCGUUACGAUGGACCAAGCGCGCGCAAUUAUGGAAAGCAUUGAUAAAGACGGAAGUGGCGCCAUUGAUUUCAACGAAUUUUACACGUGGUACGCCUCGGAAAACAGCCAGCAAUGCCCCAAGUCAAUCAAGCACCGCGGACUCCAGACCGCGCUUCGCACGCGACGUCAUGCCCAGCGCAUCGUCACGACCAGCUACAAGAAAGGGCUCGCGACGAGCAAGUCGGUCGUUCAAUCUGUCCAGAACCGUGUCGAAGCGCAGCGUCUCGCCAAGGCAUGCGAAGGCGCAGACCCCGAAAUGGUCGAGCUUCUCAUCGAGGGGUUUGACAAACCGAUGGUUCAUAAAGCGCUCAUGCUGGCACAAAACGACGUCAGCAAGGCGCGGGCGUGGCUGCAGCAACGCAAGGAGGAGGCCGAGCUCGACGCAAAACAGCGAAAAGAAGCACGCCAGAAGCGGCGCAACGCCCAGCUGCGGGGGCUGCACGCAGCGCAUUCGACAGCGAAAGCUGGCCUUGUCAGUGUCGCGAAAUCCAUAAAAUUGCUCAUUCUUGGUGACAAGCCCAACCACGACGACGAGGUGGCGAUGAUUCUGCGCGACUUGCAACUCGAAGUCAACCGCGCGGAAGGCAUCGUGCGAGACACGAUCGAGAACAGUUAGCGCCUGUGUUUGCAUACAAAAGUUGAUGAUGUUGAGGGUCGUUACGGAAGUAAAAAUAAAACAGGGGAGCGGUUUCGAA